AUGAACAGGAUAAGGAUACAUGUUUUGCCUUCAAGCCGGAGCCGGGUGGCCCAAACACCUCGACCCCAGGAGCCCCAAGUCUGCUCCUUCACACAGCGGCCGUGCUCUCAGCCCCGCCUGGAAGGUUUCGAGUUCUGCAUCAAACAUAUCCUGGAGGACAAGAACGCCCCGUACAAGCAGUGCAGCUACGUCUCUGCCAAGAAUGGCAAACGCUGCCCCAACGCUUCACCAAAGGUCGAAAGGAAAGAUGGGUAGGUAAACUUAGCUUAAACUUAAUGGAAUGUGAUGCUGGGUCGCAGGCAGAUGGACAUAAACAAAUAAUAUCUAGUAAUCAAAGCUGCCCUCUGACAUUUUUCUUCAUUUGACUCUUAUCUCUUCUUCAGGGUGACGUUCUGUACAGAGCAUGCUCGCAGAAAUGCUAUGGCCCUUCGAGCUCAGAUGAGAAAGUCAUCUUCAGUUCCAUCCCCAGAGGUGCUACUGUCCCAGCUGAGUGGUUACAACCGUGCCGAGACAAACAGUACUGAUGGGAGCCGCUCUGAAGCCAGCCGUAUCCUAGGUACAUGGUCAGACUCUGCUGUAUCACUGUGGACAUCUAAAAUUGGAUUUUCCUCUCUAUUGUUUUGUUUUCAGCUGUCUGGAAAAGAUUUUAUAGUUUUACCACACUUUUCUCUGUACAGAUGAUGAGAGUCUGAGUGAGGAAGAGCCAGGUCCACUGGUACUAGACCAGACAUGGCGAGGAGACCCUGACAGUGAUGCAGACAGCAUUGACAGUGAUCAUGAAGAUCCUCUGAAGUAAGCUGAACUAUCUCACAAUCUGUUAUGUUGUUAGAAUGCUUUAAAAAACUCAUGACUUGUACAAAUUUACAGUGAUGUCUAAAAUGUUUAACAGACCCAGAGUCAAAAAUGAUGAAUACAAAAGCAGCAGAACUUUCAGCCUGUCAUCCUGCUAAAAACUUUGGUUGGAGCCUGUUAAGGUCUCAGUUAAAACACGAUUUCUUGCCUUUUGACUGUUCAAGGUAAAUGUUGUUUAUUUGUUAUGAAAAUUGCAGACAUGCAGGAGUUUACACAGCAGAGGAGGUGGCACUCAUCACUCGUGAGAAGCUCAUCAGGCUCCAGUCUCUCUAUAUUGACCAGUUUAAACGCCUCCAGCACCUGCUCAAGGAGAAAAAGCGUCGAUACUUGCACAACCGCAAAGUGGAGCACGAAACUCUCGGUAAACACACAGAGAAGGAGCUCCAACGUGUUUUGCUUUAUUUGCUUCAGCCAAAACUGUUGCAUGUUCUCAAAGUGAUUUUUGGAUUUGUUGAUGUUGAUUACAGGGAGCAGCCUGCUGACAGGGCCUGAAGGUCUGUCUGUGAAGGAAAGGGAGAACCUGAAGAAGCUCAAAGCUCUGCGCCGGUACCGUCGUCGGUAUGGUGUGGAGGCUCUGCUACACCGGCAGCUCAGGGAGAGGAGGCAAGCUGUGACGGAAGGAGCUCCCCAGGUAGGACCCCAUCACAGACAGGAGUUUAAAAGUGUAAAUUUGGAACUAGGGUCACUUAAAGAUCUCACAGAAAGUCUCCACAGGUUUGGCAUAUUCACUGUGCAGAGGAGAUUGUAUUUCAGUGUCUCAGAAGAAGCAAGCAACCACUUCAUUGUGCAAAACAUGGUGGGCCAGUCUAGCAGUGUCAGGUUUAACAGCUUCUCUCCUUCAUUAGAUCAUAAAUGUGAAUUUAAUGAAAAUAAAAACUGUAUAUUUAGAAAUUGAUACCUUUUUGCAGUGUUAGUUUGAUUAAAAAGACUUCUGCAAAUCGGUAGUAAGUUCAUCUGUACUUCACAGCUCCUACAGCCACAGCUUUUGAGGUGGACUACUCACCCAGUAGCCAGCAGGAUGGUGAGAACAGAUGGUUCUAGAUAAAAAGCUUUACAGUUGCACAGAAAUGUCAUGUUGGGGAUUCUGAAAGUGAUGAAGGUCUUGGUGCAGGAGGACAGUUUGAACCUUUUCCUCAAGACUGAGUCUCAUACAUCAGUGCAGCAUUUAUCCCAGAUCUAACGGUGGUUACUCCUGAAGCCUGUGCUUGAAUGCGCACGGCAGAUGUAAGGCAUACUUCUUACAUACUUUUGGUUUGAGAUCAUACUCCAAAUACUGUGCAGCAGAAUGCAGUUCAUGAUGAGGACACCCGAAGGACGCCAAAGUACUUUCUUGACAUGUUUUUACACCCAAGAUUGUGACCAUAUAGUCCUCCAAACUUUGGAAUGAUCUCAAAAAUGUUAAUGAGUAUUUUGGAAAAACUGUUUGGUUGUUUUCCUGAACCUUCUCCAAAUACUUCUUUCUUCUCUUUCAGCCGCACACAAGAACGGCGCUCGAGAAGUGCAUCUCCUUCGCUGAUGGGAUCAGAUGUACCAACCCCUGCCUGCCUAUGACUCGGCACUGUGUCACUCGUAUCCUCAAAUAUGUUUCUGACGUGAUUGUGACCAAAAUAGUUGCCUCUUUUUUUUUGUCACUACUCCUUUAAAACUCAUCCACCUUCACCUCGGCCCCAAUCAAGACCGUCAGCUUGCAGUAGCUGCUGGUUUCAAAGGGAGCCCACAUAAACUCCUUCCUGUGGUCUGUUGAUUUUUCCCAGAGUUAUAAAGGGGCUAAUCGGUUCAGUUGGAAGGUACAACCUCCUCUCAUCCUUCCUUCUCCGUUUCGCCUCAUUCUUUCAGUCAGUUUCAAUCCUUUCAUUUCGCCAUUCUCUGUAUCAGCUGGUAACGACAAAAUUCUUUUAUUGCAAGUAUUGAUUUGUGUCAGUCAGACAAGAGAGAUCUUCUAUUACCACAACAGACACAUUUCCACAGGAGUAACUGACUAGAUCGGUCAGUGUGCGUCAGUUUUUCCCAUUAACUCCUGGUCAGAAUUGGGUUUUACUUCCUCCUGUUUUCCUCAGUUCUUGUUCGUCUGCGAUCUUUAUGUGUGAUCAUCUUUAACUGCUCACUCUCAGAUAUCUACCAGGACAGCAAUCAGGUACUUUUCAAAAUGUGUCCCGGCCUUAAAGACGUCCCAUGCGACCGAACCGUGCACAUGGGUCAGUCUGACGAUCCCCGCUGCCCGCUCCACCUCACUCUACCUCCGCCCAUGUACCAGCCGGAGCAGGAGCCUCCCCCGCAGGAGCCGAUCGCCAGAGACAUGUACCUGAGCGCGGCAGAGCUCCAGCCCACAGAGAGUCUUCCACUAGAGUUCAGUGAUGUAUGUAACGAUGAUAGACCCCCAACGCUGUCGUUAUUGUGACAUGUGUGAAAUGUGUGUUUUUGAGGUGCUUUCACAACUGGCACAGCUAGUUUGCUGCAGCUCAAACAAUGUCUGGUGCAUCUGGGGCUUUAGGGGCUGUUUGACUCGCAGAUUACUUUUUGUAAUUGAGGAUUUCAUUCCUACUGCAAACAAACAGUUUUUUUUAAUCUUGUUGCCAUGCAGAAACCACCCCCCUGAAUAACCAAGGUAGUUUGUUUUCUAUCUUCAGAUCUGCCCACAUGAAUCAAACAAAAGCAGAAAAUCUGAUUCUGAUUUAUCUAGAGACUAAAAACACAUAUCAAAAAUCUUUAAUUUUGACUUGUUUGUACCCACUGAGUUAGACCACAGGUGUAAAGUAACCUUUGUAAUACCACAUUACUGUUGAAGCUCUCAGACUAUCAUAAUAUAUGCCUCUAUUAAAUUCCCAGUUUGUAGGUGGAGCUAUAUCAAGACAUCAGUUUUAUUUGCAGAUUGUUACAGCUCAACAUUUCCUCUGCCAGUGUUGUGCAAUAUUCUCUCAGAGGUACAAACACAAACUCAGGCGCAGCUCUAGCACGGUAACAAAAUAGCCGCUCUUCCCACACACACUGUAGUCCUGCAUUAACCUUCCUUCCUGGUUAGAUCAUCAUGACAACAUCACCUAGACUCACUGCCUGGUCAGAUACAAAGUUGUGUCUUAAAACUGCCACCCUUUGAAUAAUAAAUACCACCCACUUGCUUGACUUUCUUGUGGGUUAAAUAAAUGAUUUGCUGAAAUGGCAGCUUUAUGAUGUCUGAGCUGUAGUCCAGCCUCCCGCCACUAGCUGGGGCUGUUGCUCCAAACACUUGUUUCUGUCUACAUGCGUCAGUUCUGCACUACCUGAAUGUAAAAAAGCGAAGGUUGUUGAUUAAGUUCCUGUUUUCUCUUCCCUGUAAACUAGUUAGAAUAUAAAUUUCUGUUUAAGCGACCAAGAUUUGAACUUCCUUAGAUCUCAUACAUGGUUCCUCUAAUACAGGACCUGGACGUAGAAGGAGACGGCAUGCAGGGUCCUCCGUCCCCCCUUCAGUUUGACACGGCUUUGGCCCUGGAGGAUCAGACCAUCAGAGCCAUCGCAGAGGCGCCGAUGGACAUCCUGACUGGAGAAGACCCAGACCAGGUGGACCUGGACGUGUCCGGACAGGAUCUCUCAGAGAGGGAUGUGGAUGCCAUCAUGGAUGACCAGGUUAACUCUUGAUAAGAGGCUUUGUCACCAUCACGAACAUUGGCGCCCACACACUGCUCGAUAACCGCCAACCUCCACUCUGUAUGUCAAACUCCAAACUGGGUUGAAUAAAAUCUUGGUCUCAUUCUGUGUCACUAUAACUGCAUUUUAAAAUGUUCCACAAUGACGGGUGUGCCGCAGCGCUAACAAGAGGAUGCAUGAUAAAACUUUGAGAUAGAUCCACAUUUAUCAACGCUUGUCUUUAAAACACACCGCUGCAAAUAUAAAAACUGAGUAACUGAAUAUUUUCCUGGCUUCUGUUGAAGUGGACAGGGACAGAUCUUCUCCUGACAUGCUUCCAGUGUUGAUAAAAAGGAGAAUUGAGGAAAGUAUGAGUGUUUAUAAAUCUGAUUUCAUCAAUUAUCUCAUAUUUGAGAAGGAAACUGUCCUGUGAUCGUCUUUGUGUCUCAUUACAUCUUGACCCAGAGCUUUAAGGAAGUGGGAAAAAGGUGAGAUGAACCUUAAAUCUGACGUUCAGUAUGCAUUUUAAAGGUAAAUAUCUCAGUACUACACCCAUACAUUGACUAUUAGCAAUCAAGUCACUUGUUUGAUCAAGACUUCGAGAGUUUAGUAUGUUGGAAACAUUUAAAUUUUUACUCCUGAUACUGAAUAUUGAGUUUAGACAACUGAAGCCUCAAUAGAAGUCUAUUUAAGUUUCAUUAUGAGUUGUUCACCCACAGCAGGGAUUGUAAACGUGUCCUCCAGUCUCUUACAUCUGAAGCGUGUCAGGACAGCGUCUCACUGUCUGUUUUAACAGGAAUAAAAAGUGAAAGUAUUUCCAAUGUUUAUUACACAGAGAUGAUAACUCAAAACAGACUGUGACCUUGUUUAUCCUCUGCUUGCAUAAGCUCCAGCGGCACUCGUAUGAAAAUAUCAAAAACACAAAUUUGAUUUUGUGUUCCUGCGUCCCUAAAAAGAUGAGUAAACAGGUUUCCAGUCUUGCAAAGGUAAACGUUUAAAGUGGAGGUGUUUGUUUUUUUUCAAAGCGUAAAAGGCCAUGAACAUCGACCAUUUUACAGUGACAGUUAAAAAAUAUAACCAUGAAUGACAUAUCCUGAAAUAACAUUAAGCUACCUCGCCAGUGUAUUGAGCCAUUUCAUGUCAAGAUUCAAUUAAAUCAUGAUUGAAUUUUAAGAGCUUCCACUGCUAAUAGAAAUAUAGAUAAAUACCAAUAAAUAAGCUGCGCUCUAAAUAAACAAUUAACCUCAAUGGUUACUGUUCGUCUGGAAAUCCUCAACAGUUUUGGUCACUGAUGGUUAUAUUUUCAGUCCUGACCUGCUCUAUCAUUUAAACACCCUGAUGGAGCCUUCAUCAGUCAUUACACCAUUAAUGAAGUUAGAUUAAUUUAAUCAGAGUGAUAGAUGCGGGAUUCAAUCAGCUGCCAGUGAAGAUGACGCCUCACUGAAAUGCAACUGAGAGAAAAAUAAAGAUGUGUAGACGGCCCUUUAAUCUCCCAGGACAUCAUCUAAAUCAUAUCAAACGCCUUCAUGAAGAAGAUAAAAAUACAGAGUCUUUCUCUGCGUGCUUCUUUCUUUCAAAGUAAUGGAUCCUCUUUGUGUAUAAAUACAUAUAUAUCAGACUAUGAGCUACUUAUGAAGUUUGUUUACAGCAGGUUUAGCUGACAGGAGACACUCAGAGGGUCUAGUGUACCGUAACAGGUCAAAAUAAUCCUGCUAAAUCUUAAAAAUGUAGGCAACCCCUCUAAUGUCUUUUAGUUAAUAUUACACUCUGUUAAAAACCUGUAAUAUUUGUGACCUGUAGCGACUGUUGUUAUUACAAAUAUGUCACUGGGUUUCUUUUUAAAGCAGGUGUUGCAGAAACAAGCCGCUCACAUGCACCAAUACAAAAAGCUCUAAUCAUUCCUUUAGUCUCUGCAUUCUUCUUCUGUAUGUUGACGGACAAAAUAUGUCGGACAUCUCAGUCAGGACACAGAAGCACAAAUUAUCAAAGUAUGUUUUGAACUGAAAAUUGCGCCUUUUUAGCUUUUAAAACAUCCCCUCUGCUCUGGUCUGUCUGAGGCGCUACUUACAGAGAAUUCCUCUUUAAAGGGACAUUUCACUCUUUAUAAAUGGUAUCAUAAUGUGAUAUAUGGUUGCAGAAGCAGCUGAACUGAGAAGCUCAAGUUGUCUUUUACACUUUCUGAACUUCUGUUUUCAUACUCAGGUGGUGGCGGAGGUUGUAGGAGGUGACGAAGAGGCGAACGGGAACUCACUUCAAGAUGUCGUAGCGGCUGCAGUCGACGCUCCCAGAUAG